GAGGGAGCCCGCGCCCCGCGCCCGCCCGACCCUCCGCCCGCCCCGCGAGCCGGGCACCUGUGCCAGGAGCCCUGUUGAAUCCACCGAGAAGGGACGUUCAGAGCAAACACCAUGAGUAUCUCAGCUCUCGGAGGAAGCAGCAAAGGGAAGCCUCUCCCACCGGGCGAGGAGGAACGCAAUAAUGUCCUCAAGCAGAUGAAGGUUCGGACCACGCUGAAGGGGGACAAGAGCUGGAUCACCAAGCAGGAUGAAUCAGAGAGCCACACCCUUGAGCUGCCCUCAGGCCGGAGUCGUGCCAUAUCUUUUUCUUCAGCUGGGGAGGUCCCGAAGGCCAGGCCCCCGAGCACGAGGGCUCCCACUGGCUAUAUCAUCCGGGGUGUGUUCACCAAGCCUGUAGACAGCUCGUCUCAGCCCCAGCAGCACUUCUCCAAGGCCAACGGAGCUCCAAAAAGCGCUGCCGGUCUGGGGAAAGCAGCUCCUGCUGGGCCUCCCCGCCCCUCCUCCUCUGGCUACAGGAUGACCACAGAGGAUUACAAGAAGCUGGCACCCUACAACGUCAGGCGCAGCUCAGCGUCAGGGGCUGCUGAAGAGGAGGAGGUGCCCUUCUCUUCUGAUGAGCAGAAACGGAGGUCAGAGGCUGCCAGCAGUGUGGUGAGGAAGACAGCUCCCCGGGAGCACUCCUACGUCCUGUCGGCGGCCAAGAAGAGUGCCAGCAGCCUUGCCCAGGAGACACAGGCCCCGUUCAUCGCAAAGAGGGUUGAGGUGGUGGAUGAGGACGCGCCUUCCAAGAAAAGCCAGGACCCACCUGCUCUGGCACGAUCCCCUCCCGGCUCAAGCAGUGCAAGAGGCGAGGAGACUGCCCGCCUGCGGAUCACGACACCCGGGGCGGGACUCCGCCUGGUGGCCCCAGACCUGGAAGAAACGAGGUCUUCCCCAGGCUCCAAAGACAACGAAGCCCCCAACCCCAGAGAGCCCAAGAGAGACUUGACUGGUGAAAGGGCCUUCAAGGGCCUUGAUGCAGACUCUGAAAGAUCAAGUGCACAGUCAAGUGACGGCAACGUAGAAUCUGGACCCACGGGCUCCACACCUGAAGGCUUGGCUGGAGCAGACAUCAGCUCUGGAAGAGGAGGGCUGUCCUCACCUGCUGUCUUUACCCCUCUCCUGGAUGAUCAGGAGGUGCCCAGUGCCAACUCACAGCCUCAUAAGCCUGGACCAGCAGCCACCAGCUCUGGUGCCACUUCUGCCUCUGCUGUCCUGGCUAACAGGAAGAGCAACAGCCCAGCACACCUGGAGGACAUGGAGACGGACCCAAAGGGGAUGAGGAACCCCUCAAGGUGUACGGUCACUGUUGCUGUCACUGCCACCUCUGAGCAGCCUCGUGUUUAUGUGCCAGCCUCCCCGAGUGAAUUGGAGUCUAACUCAACCGGCAAAGGGAUUCUCUUUAUGAAGGAGUACGUGAAUGCUCGUGAGGUAUCUUCCGGGAAGCCACUGUCUUCAUUCUACAGCAGCGUCGGCAGCACUGAGGACUCAGGCCACAUGGAGAAGAAACUCCCACGUGACAGCACUCCAUACUCUGAGAGAACAAGUGGAAGGAUCUGUACUUACUGCAACCAGGAGAUCGGAGACUGUCCAAAGAUUACCUUAGAACAUCUUGGCCUUUGCUGCCACGACUAUUGCUUUAAGUGUGGGAUUUGCAGUAAACCGAUGGGUGAGCUUCUGGAUCAGAUCUUCAUUCACCGUGACACCAUCCACUGUGGGAAAUGCUAUGAGAAGCUCUUCUAGCUCCUCCAGGCUAACAAGAAGCUGAUAACUCCUGGACAAGUUUGACUGUCCCCACUUGCCCCAAGUUGCUGACUUCUUCCCUCACUUCCUCUCGCCUCCAUUUGAUUGCUUCAUGUUUUUGCUCUUCCUAAGUUGAACUUGCUUACAUCCAGUAGCAUGUCUUAAUGAUGUUAUGAUAAUUACUUGUGUGUGUAGCUCUUCAUAGCUUAGAAAGCACUUCCCAUCCAUUAUCUUACUUCAGGCUCAAGCAAAGAGGAUUGAACAAUAAUUCCAUUUUGGCUUCCCUCAGACUGGUCAGCUUCCUGAUGAGUUUAGGUGGCCUGGUACAAUAGGCAUGGACAAGAGCGUGGGGUUCGGUGUAUCCUGACUCUAGGGACAGAGAGCAAAUCACAUUCUGGUUCACAGCUCUGAGUGUACCUUUGGAACUUGACAGAAGAAGGAGACCUCCUGAAGCUUCUGAGGGGUUAAAGACUGUUGACGAUCCCUGGUGGGUAAAUUGCAGACAUUGAAUGCUAGGGGUUGACAUAGGCUAAUGUUUAGCUUGUCUAUUUGCCAUAUAUAUUUUUUAAACUUUCCAUAUACUUUUACAACUAGUUAGUGCUUUUGAUUGAGUUAUAUAGCAGAUUUUAAUGACCUCCUGCCUACCUACCUUUCAAUAUAGUUGCGUUUUGUCCUGCAGGCAUGUGGACAUGUAUUAGAAAGUUUACAUGUUAGGUUUAAGUUCUAUAGGAUGUGAUUCCUAAGAGGCUACUGACCAAAGGGGCAUCUGUGUCUGAAUCUUGCUAGCUAAUUAAUACCUUUGCCCUCAAUUUCCGAUCCCUAAACUUUACACAGAAAUCCCCUAAAGCAAGUUUUAGGGUCUACAGACUCCAGCAGGAUUAUGAAGGGAGAAAAUCAGUCAACAUUUCUUGAGGCCUUACUGCAUACCAGGCAUUAUCACAAAGUGGUGGCAUUAAUCCCCAUGCUAAUCUUGUACAGAGGGUAUUCUUCUCCGCAGUUUGCAAAUGAGGGUGUUGAGGCCCAGAGAGGUGGUCAUUGCAUUGUGCAGAACCAUUGCUGUCUCUCUCCAGAGCGCAUGCUCUCUCCAGUGACAGUCAGGACAAACAUGAGCAUCGAUUUAAUGCUGAGUAGAUGCCAAGCACUGUGUGGAGGUGGCACCGCCCCCUCAAGCCUCCCCUGAGGCACACUUUUACAAAGAGGGGAAGGUGGGGGAUUGCACUCCUCCUCUGGGCAUCCUGGGUCCCCAUAAAAUACCAGAAGGGCCAAACUGGCCCUCUCACCUCCGUUUUCCAUGAAAACACUUCUGAACUGAAGUACUCUCAGCUGGGAACAGAUUUGACUCCCAGACCUUCCCAAAGAAGAGCUUGUCAACCCAGGAGAAGCUCCAGUAGGCUAGCCGAUCUGGGCACGGGGCCCUCAGUGACCUCCCAUUUUCCAGUCCAGACUCUGUCCCAAGCUAGUGGCAACUACUGAGACCCCAGGUACUUGGAACAGGGAUACCUGUUGCCCAGCUGGACAGAUGCAGGCCCGUUCAUGCAGUCAGCUGAUGCUCUGCUCAGGUUCGACUGGGCGCCUCUGCCUUUGGGACCAGCAUCACUGUGUCAGUUCCUCGAAAGGACAACCUGACAGUUUUUCUGAUGAAAAAUGAGGGCCUUUUCUCUUGGUUUAAUUAGAAAAUGCCUCUCCAUCUCUCUCCAGUUUCUGAGCCCUAUGCACAUUGGCUGGUGGACUUGUUCUUCCUGCCAAAUGAUCAGAGGAGGAAUGUUCCAUUUAUUUCCAUAGAUGUGCAUCAGCUUUGCUCUGGAGUGGAAAACUGGCCAUGUACUCGAACAAAAUAUGAGCUGGUUUUCCUCAAGACUAGCCCUCAGCCUGGGACUUGGCAGAUGGUAGGGACUGACACAUAGGUGCUGAAUGAAUGAGUGAAAGGGAAAGAAAGGUCGUGCCUUUGGGUGGGAGGUAGCACCCCUGAGUCUUGGCAGGAUAAAGAGGUCCAAGAUAGGCUGGCUUCCCCACCUUCUAGAUACACUCUGCCUUUAAGAGAGUUUCAGAACCAACAUGCAAGAUAUUGACUCCAAUCUGAAAAAAAUCUCUUUCAUGUUUAAAUGGCACAGAAUUCUCCGGACUUAAGGAAGAGGGGUGGUUGCAUUGCACUUUCGCUUCUUUUUAUUUGCCUAGAAUUUUGAAUCAUACUUGCUUAACUCCUUAAUGUACACAAUUACAAUAAAUGGUAAGAUACUUCGUGUGUAAAUGUUAAGGUUUCCUUUUAUAAGUGUAAUAACUUGGUGUAUUUGGCUGUGUGAUUUAUUUUCUCCUAUUACCUGAAGCCACUCUCUUUACAAAAGCAAAUAAAUACUUUAAGGAGUAUCAAA